GGCCCAGGACAGAAGUCAUGUGGAGCCCAGAAUAGCUCCUGCUGAACCAAGUGGCCAGGUCAGGCUCAGCUUGAGGACACAGAGACACUCUCCCUGAUCUGUCCCUGUCGCCCUCCUCCUCUCUCUCUCCCUGCCUGUGACCCCUACCUCUCCUCCCCUGACCCCCUUCCUACAUGCUCACACUCUGCCCUGAUGAGCUGGUCCGCAGAAGAAUGCAGGGGGCAGGGCUCGCCCCCCGGUGACAGACAUGCCCUCUGUGCCAGGCUGGUGGAAAAGCCCAGCAGAGGGUCUGCAGAGUGCCAGGAGUCUGGCCGGGGACCCAUCGUCACCUGCACCGCCUCGGGACCCGCACUGGCCUUCUGGCAGGGAGUGCUGGACGGGGACGUGGGCUCUGUCUCCCGCAUCCUCGCCGACUCCAGCACUGGCCUGGCUCCGGAUUCCAUCUUUGAUACCAGCGACCCAGAGCGAUGGAGGGAUUUCCGCUUCAACAUCCGCGCUCUGAGACUCUGGUCUCUGACAUACAAGGAGGAGCUGACCACCCCGCUGCAUGUGGCAGCCAGCCGGGGCCACACAGAAGUCCUGCGGCUGCUGCUGAGGCGGCGGGCAAGGCCCGACAAUGCCCCCGGGGGCCGCACUGCCCUGCAUGAGGCCUGUGCUGCCGGCCAUGCUGCCUGUGUCCACGUGCUGCUGGUGGCGGGAGCCGACCCCAACAUCCCUGACCAGGAUGGGAAACGCCCCUUACACCUCUGUGGGGAGGCUGGCAGCCUUGAGUGUGCAGAGCUGCUCCUGAGGUUUGGAGCCAAAGUGGAUGGUCGUUCUGAGGAGGAAGAGGAAACCCCUUUGCAUGUGGCUGCCCGGCUGGGCCACGUGGAGCUGGCAGACCUACUUCUAAGACGGGGGGCAUGCCCUGAUGCCCGCAAUGCUGAAGGCUGGACCCCACUGCUGGCCGCCUGUGACGUCCGCUGCACGUCCCCUGCCGAUGCCGAGGCCACCACCGCCCGCUGCUUCCAGCUGUGCCGCAUGCUGCUCUCAGCCGGAGCCGACGCCGAUGCUGCUGACCAGGACAGGCAGCGGCCCCUGCAUCUGGCCUGUCGCCGUGGCCACGCAGCCGUUGUGGAGCUGCUCCUGUCCUGCGGGGUCAGCGCCAACGCCAUGGACUAUGGGGGACACACAGCCCUGCACUGUGCGCUGCAGGGCCCAGCCGCAGCCCUGGCCCAGAGCCCAGAGCACACAGUGCGAGCUCUGCUCAACCAUGGUGCUGUCCGAGUCUGGCCUGGGGCUCUCCCCAAGGUGCUGGAGCGCUGGUGCAUGUCCCCGCGGACCAUUGAAGUCCUGAUGAACACCUACAGUGUCAUGAAGCUUCCUGAGGAGGCCAUGGGCCUGGUGCCUCCUGAAACUCUGCAGAAGCACCAUCAUUUCUACUCCUCCCUCUUCGCCUUGGUGAGGCAGCCCAGAUCACUGCAGCAUCUGAGCCGCUGCGCCCUCCGUGCUCACCUGGCGGCCUGCCUGCCCCAGGCCCUGCCCCGCCUGCCCCUGCCACCCCGCCUGCUCCGCUACCUGCAGCUGGAUUUCGAGGAUGUGCUCUACUAAAUGUCCACUGGCCUUCUGAGAGAGAGACUGAAAGCAAAUGCUCCAGCCCCUAGCGGAUGCCAGCCCACUUCUCAUAGUGCCUGGAACUCAGGACUGAGUUGAACAAAUUCGGACCCAGGUGACCCUCUCAGCAGGAGAUCCAGCUCCACAAGCAGAUGUGGAUGCUGUCAUUCCCACCAGGGAGGGUGGCGGAUAGACCAUGUGGCAAGGUGACAUCUGAUGGAGAGAGCUAGGACUCAUGACAAAUGAUAUACUCCUCUUGAGGGUCUCCUGAGGCCCCCCUCCAGCCUGUCCAAACCGUGUAUGCACAUUAAACAUCU